AUGGCUCCCGGAAUCAUCGAACGUAUUCAGCAAAAGAUUGAGCUCUUCCGUCUGGAGCAGCGUUACACUCGUCGCCGUCACCGUCGCUCGACUUUUGUCUCCAACGCGGUCUACGUCGACGGCGAGUAUGUCUACCAAACUCCCACUUCCACCGGCUCCUCGUCCGCAGGCACAACUACCAGCAAGGAGUCGACAUCACCACGCGUCAAUGCCCUCCACCACGCCGAGCCUGCUUCGCCAACCAUGGUUUCGACACAGACCGAGCCUAGCAAGAAGCGAUUGAGCCGUUUCGCCUCCAUGCCGGGCUUCGGGUCGUCAAAGCAGAAUCCCACUCAGGACUGGAGGCCAAGCCGCGUCAGCGUCAGCGAGAUUCAGCGGUAG